AUGGCAUUCGAUCUGCUUGAGCGUCGCACAGUGAAAUUUAUGCUCUGGAUACCUUCAGAAACAGCAUUAAAGCCCCCUUCAUUAGUGCUAGGCACUUUCAACUCCGGUCCGCCGGCUACUUUCCAUACCAUCUUUAGUGGCCAGCUAAGGAGCUCAGACAGACAUGAUCUCUGGGAGCUCGACCCAAAUGACAUAAAACCGUCGCUAACGAAUGAUACCGUCUAUCACUACUGGUUCGAGAUCCAAGAUUCAUCCCCAGAAAAUCUGGGUGCCAUUCAAGUUACCGACCCAAUUGCGUACACGGUCGAUUACAGAGACACGAAAAGCCGGGGUGAACACGUCCAGCCAGCUUCUGUGAUCAAGUUUCGCAAUGGCAAACUAUGGCCCUGUGAUAUUAAUGGAAACGAGCCGAGCCAGGUGGCAAUCCCGCCACAUAAUUCCAUGCCAGAAAAUAAUCAUAUGGUGAUUUAUGAGCUCCCCGCUUCGUGGGCAAAAUAUAAACAAAUCGGGGGUGUGCAAGUUGAUGUCGGCACGUUCACAGACGUCCUCGCUCUGUUCGACUUGAAGACUGCUGGUGAUCGUUUCAGGGAUAUCCCAAACAUUGCCAAUGAAGCUCUUGUGGCCGACCUGGGCAUCAACGCGCUGGAGCUACUCCCCGCAGCAGACGCAAAACCAACGGGUGAAUGGGGAUAUGCUACGGCUCACUACUACGCUUCCGACUUCGAUCUUGGAACUUCAUCAGCGUUGGUGAAGUUAGUGGAGAAUAUCCACUCCAAGGGCAUCCGGUUUUUCACAGAUGUUGUGAUGGCCUUUGGGCAUGACCCAUAUAUCUUCGUUGCUUUCAAGGAGUUUCAUAUUAUCCCGGAGAACGAGAUAGGCAAUCGGGAUAGCUACCAAUCUCGCUCCAAUAGUCUGCGAGAGGGGUGGGGUGGACGACUAUGGCGCUAUAUCAGAGACACGGAUACGUAUGACCCAAAAUCAGGCAGACCCGGAAAUAUCCAUCCUUCCUGGGCCUUCCAUCAUGGUCAUCUUCAUCGAUGGAUGUCGGACUUCGGUGUAGACGGUCUCCGGCUCGACAGCGUAAACAACGUUGCCAAUUGGGAUUUCAUUGAAUCGUAUAAGAAUGAAGCAUGGUCUCUAUACAGGUCAAGAUACGACGCGGCAUCUCCCUCAAAGUUCCUCGUCAUUGGGGAAGAACUCAGCGUUCCUGUCGACAUGGUAACUAGCGGAACGGUCAAUACCCUCUGGAACGAGCCAUUCCAAGGGCGUCUCCGCGCCGCCAUACUUGGAGAACCCACAGAUGGUGACAACUUCGAAUGGACGGUCCGUAAAAUGGUCAACUGUACGCUUGACCUUUCUCACCCUUUACGGAUGGAGCACAAGCGAUAA